GUUGAUUGUUGAUCUGACGGCUGCAGUGUGAGGCUCGUUGCCUGACUUGUGCCAUCGCAUCGGGUUUUAGGGUUUGCUCCUCUCGCCGCCACCUCGCAAUCCAUCUCCUCCUCCCUUACCCUCUCCGGCGGCGGCAGCAACAGCUCCGGCUCACGCACAGCGAAGGAACAACAAGAUGGCGACGAUCGUGAACACGACGGAGGAGGAGCCGAUGCUGGCGGUGGUGCGCUUCACCGCCGAGCUCGCCUGGGCCGACGCGGGACCCGAGGUCGCUGACCCCGAGGUCACCCGCCUCUGUAUCGAGGCGCAGGAGCACAUCCUUGCCGGCCGAUGGCUCGACAUGGCCUCCCUCAUGCUCGCCUCCGCCGACCUCCUCCUCACCUCCCCGCCGCGCGUCCCGGACAAAGAUCUCGAGUGCAUCCUAUCCGUCAUCUGCAGCCUCGUUACCAAGGCCGGAUCCGAGGACGAGGCCCUGCAGAUCGCCGAGCUCAUCUGCGCCAAGCUCACCCAGCAGCCCGACGACAAGCCGGCCCUUCGCCUCAAAGUUCUCUUCAGCUUGUACAAUCUGCUCCCGAGCCCCUAUGGCAAGGCAUUUGUUUACAAGAAGGCUCUUGAACUCGCCACUGCCGGAAAGGCUGCCGAGUUCAUCAUCCCAUCUUUCAAGAACAUCGACAGCUUUGUCAGCGACUGGGGAAUUGGCAAUUUGGAGCAGAGGGAGCUGUUCCUCGCCGUCACCAAGAUCCUCAAAGACCAGAAGGGCAUGAGCAAGGAGUUUUUUAACUUUCUGAACAAGUACCUUGCCACUUUCAAGGGAUCAGAUGAUGACUCUGAUACAAUUGGUGAUGCAAAGGAAGAGGCUGUUGCGGCAAUCAUUGAGUUUGUCAAGUCACCUACUCUCUUUCAGUGUGAUCUGCUCAAUAUGCCAGCUAUUGCACAGCUUGAGAAGGAUGAAAAAUACCAAUUGGUUUAUGAGCUUUUAAAGAUAUUCCUUACUCAAAGGCUCGAUUCCUAUCUGGAGUUUCAGACUGCAAAUGCUACCUUGCUGAAAGAUUAUGGACUGGUUCAUGAGGAGUGCAUAACCAAAAUGCGGCUGAUGUCUUUGCUUGAUCUGAGCAGUCGCUGCUCUGGCGAUAUCCCUUAUUCUGCAAUCACAGAUGUACUCAGGAUCAAUGACGAUGAGGUGGAAUAUUGGAUUGUGAAAGCAAUUACCUACAAGAUAUUGGAUUGCAAGGUUGAUCAGCUUAACCAGACUGUUGUCGUCAGUCGGCAUACUGAGAGGAUCUUUGGAAUGCCACAGUGGCAGGGUCUGCGCACAAAGCUUGGAGUUUGGAGGGGAAACAUUGCCAGUGCUAUCAGCACAAUCCAAGCCAGCAAGGUCACUGAAGAGGGGACACAAGGGAUGCAAGGCUUGACGAUCCGCUGAUCGAAGCAGAGUUUCUGAAUUGCGAUUAUAGCUUGAGAGAUUAGAUGAGCAAUCGUUUUUUGUGAGACAAUUUGUAAUGUGAGCUGCUUAGAUCACCGUGACCAUGCUGUGUCUAGAUCUGGGUUGCAAUGGCAUGCGCUAAUCAACAUCAAACCAGCUGUUGCACAUGUACCAAGUUUUUUUUGAAAGGAUGGCAGAUUGUCAUGAUAAUUUUCCUUCAUUGCUAA